CUGUAUGUCUUGAUCCAAGCGUGUUUAUGUGAUUGAUUAAUAUUUGCAGCAUGUAUGCAAAAGGGAAAAGCUCAACUGUACCUUCCGAUGCCCAAGCAAGAGAAAAGCUUGCUCUCUAUGUGUAUGAAUAUUUAUUACAUGUUGGUGCUCAGAAGGCUGCACAAACAUUCCUGUCCGAGAUACGAUGGGAGAAAAACAUAACUCUAGGAGAACCACCUGGUUUUUUGCACUCUUGGUGGUGUGUCUUUUGGGACUUGUAUUGCGCUGCUCCCGAGCGAAGAGAAACAUGUGAGCACUCGAGUGAAGCUAAAGCAUUUCAUGACUAUGGCUUUGUUAAUUCGGGUUAUGCUGUAAAUGGAAUUGCGCACAAUCCCACAGCUCCAAGUCCUAUAGGGCAAAUGCCACCAAAUGACGGAAUGCCUGGAGGACCAAUGCCUCCUGGUUUUUUCCCCAAUUCUCAUAUGAGACCAUCACCACCACAACAGCCUGCUUCUCAGCCGUCCCCCCACCCACAGCCACCUCCUCACUCGCAGAUGAUGCAGAAUCAGAGCUUCAUGGGACCGAGGUACCCCGGAGGUCCUAGAGGUCCUGGCGUUCGGAUGCCUCAGCAAGUUGAAUUCAAUCCUCCAGGUAAUGUACCUGGACAGCCAAUGAUGCCAAGUGGUAUGGAUCCCUCCAGGCAAGGUGAGAGUGGAGAAUUUGUUUCUUGGCAAGGUCCAUCUGGAAUGAGUCCAAUGAAUCCACGUAUGAAUCCUCCACGAGGACAGCCAAUGGGACCCAUGAACCCUGGGAAUUAUGGUGGUAUGAGGCCUCCUAGUGGAAGCAUGGGACCUGCAGGACCACAGAUGUCACCAAUGCCUGGUCCUGGUGGUCGGCCAUGGAAUCCAAAUACAUCUUCUAUGAAUUAUUCAUCAUCAUCCCCUGGAAGCCAUUAUGGAGGUCCUCCUGUUUCAAGUUCGGGUGGUCAAGGUCCAGGUACACCAAUCAUGCCAAGCCCUCAAGAUUCAUCAGGAUCUGGACCAGACGGAAUGUAUACUAUGAUGAAACCGGUUCCAGGAGGUAACAUGCCAGGAUUUCCAAUGGGUCCUGGUCCUGAUGGCCCCAUGGGUCCCAUGGGCCCUGAUAUGGGACCUCCUGUUCUUAAUGGCAUAUCCUCAGGUAGUGAUGGUAUGGAAGGAAUGAAAAAUUCUCCAGCUACAGGUCCAGGCACACCUAGGGAAGAUGGACCACAAAUGGGAGAUUAUGGCAUUCCAGGUUAUGGUCAAGACAAUUCGACUGUUUUAAAAAAGUCAUGA